AUGCGGCUGUGCGGGGCAGCGCUGCUCCUCUGCGCCGCGGCGGCGGCGGCAGCAGCGGCUCCGGCGGGUCCCGGGAGGGCGGCGGCGGCGGCGGGCAAGGAGCGGCGGGCGCAGUUCGCUUCGUGGGACGAGGUGAACGUGAUCGCCCACGGGCUGCUGCAGCUCGGGCACGGCCUGAAGGAGCACGUGGACCGCACCAAGGGGCAGAUGCGGGAGCUGGGCAGCCGGCUGAGCGCGCACAACAGCUCGAUGGGGCGGCUGCUCCGCCAGGCGCGGGAGGCGCAGGAGCGCGGCGAGCGGCUCCGGCACAGCGUGCGGGAGCUCGAGGGGCGAGGCCGGCAGCUCCUCAACCUCUCCGAGGCUCUGCGGCAGCGCCUGGAGGAGGUGGCGGCCGACAAAGCCGAGAUCCAAGGGCGGCUGGAGCAGCUGGAGGGCAGAGUGCGGCUGGCGCUGCAGGCGAGACCCAGCGCCAACCAGAGCGCCAGGGACCUGGGGGCGCUGCAGUCCCUGAUGGAUGCGCAGAACGUGCGAAUCGAUGAGCUCUUGCAGAAGAUCAAGCAGCAGCAGUACAAGUUGGACAAGCAGAAUCUGCAGAUUAAAAGCCUGCAGAGCAAGGUCAAUCUACUGAUCCCUUUACACCUGAAGGACAACAAAACGCAGUCUCCAAAGUGGAAGAUAAACCUGCAGAAGAGCCUCAGCCUCACCAACCAGAGCCAGAAUGCAAGCGGGGAGCCUGUGCUGAUGCAGAAGCUCCCAGAGGAUUGCCACCAGCUCUUCCUGGCCGGGCAGCAAAGCAGCGGUGUUUUCCAGGUGCAGCCUGCAGGGUCUCAGCCCUUCAAAGUCUACUGUGAUAUGACCGCAGAAGGUGGCUGGACAGUGAUCCAGAGGCGUGCGGAUGGCUCUGUGGACUUUGACCGGCUUUGGGAUGCCUACAAGAAUGGCUUUGGAGACCUUCAUGGUGACUUCUGGCUGGGCCUGGAGAAGAUGCAUCACCUUAUCCAAGAGGGAAGGUACAAUCUCCUGAUUGAGCUCGAAGACUGGGAGGGAAAUUCCCAGGUGGUCCAGUUUGUCUUCAGCCUUGGUGGUGAGAGCACAGCCUACAUGCUCAAUCUGCUGGGACCUCUGUCUGGAGAGCUGGAAAAUGCCAUUGGAGACUUCAGGCAGCUGCCCUUCUCCACUCGGGAUCGUGACCAUGACCUCAAAGCUGACACAAACUGUGCCAAACACCUCUCAGGUGGCUGGUGGUUCAGCACCUGUGGCCAUGCCAACCUCAAUGGGAAGUAUUUCCGCUCCAUUCCCCGCCAGAGGCACGAGCGCAAGCAGGGCAUCUUCUGGAAAACAUGGAAAGGCAGGUAUUACCCACUCAAGUCAACCACCAUGAAAAUCCAACCCGCGACACUGGAAGCAGAGCCCUAAAGCCGUCACUUGAGACUUCUCUGUGGAGCACAAAGCUCCAUCACUUGGUGUUUACAGAACACAAACCCACCCUCCCCGGGAAACCCCCCGAGGAGUGUUUCUCUUGGUUAGCAGCCCUUUAGUGGCACGGCACAGCUCCUCACUGUAAGACAUCUCCAUGUUGCUGAAACAGCUGGAUGGGAGCUCCCAAGCAAGAAGAGGAGCCACCAGCAGGGACAUCCACCUCCAAAGCAUGUACAUGGGUCUUCCAACCCUCCACGUGCCGCCGCAGCAAGUUCAAGUUGUCUGGUGCUUUCCGUCCUGUCAGAACACUUCAGUGCUGGUUUUGAUGAACUGGGGCUGGGGGGAAGGGGACCACAUGAAGCGUUUUGCUACCCUGGACCCAAGCAUUGGGUAUGGAGCCUCACUGUGUCCUGUCUCAUUGUUGUUCCCAAAUGGUAUCCUCUGUACCCUCCUGUGAGAGCCUCCAGACCUCCGUGCUGGAGCUGUGGAGCCGUGAGGCUCGGGCAGCUCCAUCUGCACAGUCUCUGGUGACUUCAGCCUGCUGAGAACAUGGUUGUGGUGGGAAGGCUGAAGGGACACCCUGUGCAGAAGGGAACCUCAGGCUCACUUGGUGUCCCUGGCUUCCAUAGCUUCAAAGCCCUGUAGCUGUGCUGGAGUUUGCCGAGAGCUGAGGAAACCACUUCUAGCUCUGGGAGACAAUGGGUAAGAUCUUGCAGCUGGUUGCACAAGGGCCAGAUCCUGGAGAGCUGAGUCUCACAGUGUUGCCAGGGGUGGCUAGGACGAGCACGAGGACAGCGCGGGUACAAAGCAGUGACUGUGCCCAGGGCAGGACCAGCCCUGCUGUCAGCUGGAAAUCCCCUGGAGGCUUGUUUUCUCCCAAAAGCCUCCUUGCACUUUGUGGACUGAAUAGCAUCGUCCUGCCCGUGUGUCCCCAAAUGUGCUCUAACAGGCACAGGACAACAGGAUUUCUCUGCAAGGGUCACACUGCCUUGCUGGGUGUGCAGCCUGAUGUGUACAGCAUUGCCUCUGCCUUUGGGAUUGGCGUCUGGGGAGAGGGGAGCAAAACAGGUCCCCAAAAACUGUUACAGGCCAAGUUGCCAUCUUGGGGCUUCCCAAGCAUCCUGCCCUAUUGAAGUCAUAUUGACUACUGUGCUAGAGCUCCUAGCUGCUAAAAACUGUAAAUAGUUGUUUGUAGGAUGUUGGAUCUUGUCAAUGAAUUUCCUCUUUUAAUUUGUUUCCGUAUUUAAAUGCAGUGUUAAUAACAAUGUGGUGUAAUUUAUAAAGUGUUGAUGCUGGGAAGACAAAAAAAAAAAAAAAAAGCAA